UUCUCAUUAUCCUUCGUUAUCAUCUUUUCCUUCUUCCUAUUUUUGGCAAUGGUUUUUAGAUUAAUUACCCGAUCCAUACCCGACCCGAAUUCGAAACUCCCUCCGGGGCCGAAAAAGUUGCCGGUGAUCGGGAACUUGCACCAGAUGGUCACCAGCUCGAAGCUGCCACAUGAAUUGAUGAGUGAUUGGGCCGGAAAAUAUGAACCGGUGAUGCACCUGCAGCUCGGCCAACUUAGCACCGUCGUGAUUUCAUCGCCGGAAGCCGCAAAAGAAAUCAUGAAGAAGCAUGAGCUCAACUUUUUUAACAGACCGGUAACCAUUGCGACGGAUAUUAUACUUUACGACACUUCCAGUUUGGAAAUGUCGCCGUACGGCGAAUACUGGAAACAAAUGCGCAAGUUCUUCACCGUGGAGCUGUUGAGCCACUCGUGUCGCGCUUUAAGAGAGCAAGAGUUUACGAAUUUGUGCAAAUGGAUUGCGUCGAAAGAAGGUUUGUCGAUCAACUUGACAGAGAAGAUCAGCUUCACUACUUGUGAUAUUGUACUUCAGGCCGCGCUUGGGGGAAAGACCGACGAACUAAGAGAAUUCAACGACAUAGCCAAUGAGAGCGCCGAAGUUGGCAUUGGAUUAAGUCUCGCUGAUUUUUAUCCUUCGAUCAGUUUCUUGCGACAAUUCAAUCUGAUUAAAGGCAAGUUAGAGAGGCUGCAUAAAAAGGCGGACAGGAUACUUGAAAAGAUCAUCAAAGAACACAGAUCAUUGACGAAGGACGAGUCUAAACAACACGAAGACUUCUUAGACAAUCUUCUGAAGUUUAAUAAUUCGGGAAACCAAAUACAGGUGACGGACAACAAUAUAAAAGCCGUCUUAAUGGAUGUGUUUCAGGCCGGGAUUGAAACAUCCUCAAUGACUACGAAUUGGAUUAUGGUGGAAAUGCUAAGGCAUCCGAGUGUUUGCAAGAAGGCGCAAGACGAGGUAAGACUAGUUUUCAAGGACAAGGGAUUUGUCGAUGAGUCUUGUUUUGACGAGCUCAAGUAUCUAAAGUUAGUCAUAAAAGAGUCGCUAAGGAUCCAUACGCCAAUACCCGUAAUGUUUCCGAGAGUAAGUACAGAGCCGUGUGAAAUCUUCGGAUACAAAAUACCUCCGAAAAGUCAAGUCCUGGUAAAUGCAUGGGCGAUUGGAAGAGAUCUCAAGUACUGGAAAGAACCCGAUAGUUUUAUCCCUGAGAGAUUUCUUGAUAAUCCGGUCGACUACAAAGUGAACAACUUCGAAUACCUUCCCUUUGGCGCCGGAAGAAGAAUUUGCCCCGGAAUAUCAUUUGGCCUCGCUAAUGUCGAGCAUGCUUUGGCUAUGCUUCUCUACCACUUCGAUUGGGCUUUGCCAGACGGAAUGAAACCCGGAGAUAUGGACAUGGCCGAGGCGGCCGGGGUUACGUUGAGGAGGAAAGAACCAUUGUAUGUGAUUCCGAAAGUGAAGAUACCUUUGCCUGGAAAACAUGGCUGAUGCAUCUCUUGUUCAAACAAUAAUCGACAUAUUUAUAUAUAUAUAUAUGUAUGUAUGCAUGCAUGUAUUCUUCACUUUAAUUUAAUUUGUGGUUUGAUUGUUCUAUUUUCUGCACUUUUGUAUUCAACAUAUGCGUUGGUUUACA